UUGAAGAAAGGCACACGCGGUACUAUCGGGCCACCGAUGUCACAUAAGGUCAAGCUUGACCGCAGAAGCAUCAAGAAGCGGAUACUCCAGCUCGACUGUGCCGGCAACGCCGGCCGGCUGCCAGCAGCCGUCGCGGCCCGUGGCGUGCUAGCCGGCCAGAAGGUGUGUGGCGACGGCACCGUGGCAGGAGUGCGGAGAAGAGCUCGCCGAACGCGAGCAGCGGAAGGCCGAAGUGUGCCAGCGCAAGAGCCUCGCGAACGGGUGCAGAAGGAGCUCGCCGUGACACGAUGCCGGGCGGUGGUGGUGCUCUGGCGGCUGUGCACAGUGGGAAACGUCAGGCUGCAACAGGGCAGCACGAUGGUCGUGCCCCGCUGCAGCCUGGCCUGA